AUGGGGUAUAAGAAUCAAAUUAUAGCCACGCUUAUAGUAAGCUACCUCUGCAUGACCACCGGGGUUCUCUACACAUGGCCAUCAUCAGUGAUCAAGAUAUUCCAUUCAGAGAACACACCACUGAACCGGACUAUGUCGGAGACCGAAAUCUCUCUGUUGGGGAGCUUGACGUCCAUCAGUGCUUUAUUUACGAUUCCCUUGUCUGGAGUGUUUCUGGAUAAGCUGGGGAGGAAGUAUACCUGUUUUGCAAUGUCUUUGUUGCAAGUGAUAGGCUGGACAAUAGUCAUAUGCUUCGACUACGUGGAAUCGAUCUUAGCUGCGAUGUUCAUAGCUGGUCUCAGCUCCUGCAUUUACCUCGUAGCUCCCAUGUAUGCGGGAGAAUUCUGCCAGGAGUCCAUAAGAGGUACCAUGACAGCUGCCGUAAUGACGUUCUUUGCUGUGGGCUGGCUGGUCUCGUAUAUCCUGGGAGUGCUGGAAUAUCGAAUGAUGAACUACAUAUGCUUGACGAUGUGCGUGGUGGGGACCUUGCUGCAGUUUUAUUUGUGGGAGUCCCCGUUGCAUCUAAUGAAGCAAGGCUUGGAAAAGGAGGCAAUGAAGACAAUAGCUCAUUACAGAGGAGUCAGAAUUGAUUCAAAAGAGGUUCAUCAAGAAAUAAACAAUUUGAGAGUGGCACUUAAUCCAGAUUUAGACGAUGCGACACCCGAAGCGGAGAAGUUACAGCCAACGGUUGAAAGAGAAAAACUUUCUACAUGGCAAUUUUUAAAAAAAUCCCGCUCGACCCGUCGCGCUCUGCUGCUCUCCCUCGUUCUGUACACCGCUGUGGUAUUCCAGGGCCAAGUGGUUAUACAAGUGUACGCUGAGCCGCUAUUCACGCUGGCCGUUCCCAGCGUGCCAGCGACUGUCUGCAGCGUGACAUUCGCAGUGGUCAACAUCGCAGCGGCCCUCGUUGUGCUCUACUUGGUGGACAGAUCGGGGAGACGGCCAUUGAUGAUCUAUUCAUCGAUUCUGACAGCAUUCUUCGCAUCUCUCCUGGGGACACAAAUACAGUUUUCAUGGGGACCCAAUUGGUUGACAGCGGUACUUAUAUACCUAUUUUGUAUAACCUACACCACGGGUGGCGGUAUGAUACCGUAUACCAUGAGCGCUGAAAUGUUUCUACCGGAAAUAAAGAACUUCGCGACAAUAGUGUCAAUGGAAUACUCCUUUCUCGGAUUCUUUACUAUUUUGUUCAUUUAUCAUCCUCUAGUCUCAGCUGUGGGUCUAGGCCCAAUUUUCUACAUAUUUGCGGGGGCGUGUAUCCUAACAACAAUGUUCUGCUAUUUCUAUAUGCCAGAAACCAAGGGUCUUACCGUGGAUGCCAUACAGCUUUUAUUUGCCCCGCGAUCUCAUAAUAAAGUUUAA